AUGGAGGAGGGGGAGGAGAAUCUCUCAGCGUACGUGGGACACACAGAUGAUCCUGCUCAACUGCAGCAACGGCAUCAGCAAGAACCGCUUCUACAACAACAAGAAUCACUUCUACAACAGAAAGAACCACUUCUACAACAACAAGAACCGCUGCUUCUCCAAGAAACGGCUAGCUCAACUGUGUCGAUGAUGCAGGGGCUCGCACAUGAGGGGCACCGAAAAAUUGUAGAUGUGCUGUACGACACAUGGUCAAAUGAUGAGAACCGUAGAAAGGAAGCAGAGAAAAUUCUCAGUGAAUUGGAAAAAGAAGAAGAUUUCAUUUUGCAUUUAUUGGAAAUAUGCUGCUACAGAGAUGUGCACUACAAUGUGAGGAAGUUGGCUAUCAUAUAUUCUAAAAACUUGGUGUGUCGAUUUUGGAGCUGUAAAGAUGCAUUUCAUUUAAGCAAUGAAGUAAAAGGCAUGGUAAAGAAGAAAAUUUUAGAUAUGCUUAAUAAUCUUGAAUAUGUUGGUGAAUAUUAUAAAGAGUUUUGUAUUUUGUUGAGAAAAGUAGCUAGAUAUGAAUUAGUUCAUAAUUUCCCAGAGUUAUUAAAUUUUUUUCUGAACAAUAUGAAUAUACAUAAGAAUAACCUCCAUAUUCUGUACAUGUACAUGUAUUUAUUAUAUAAAGUGUUAAGAGAGCAAUACACGAAGAAAUUAUUAAAAGAUAAGAGAGAAACAUUUGACAUUUCUGAAAAGUUUAUUAACUACUUGUAUCCCUUCUGGAAAAACAAUAUGAAUAUGUGUUUCAAAAAGGAGAAUACAGAACCUUGUGCAUGUAGCAAUGAGUCCAAUUGCAAUAAAUGCUAUGGUGAAUACAGUAUAGUAAUGGAACAUGAGAAACAACUUACAUUUUUCUUCAAUUCGUCCAGUACAGAAUCGAAUAACCUAGAAGAAGAAAAAAACAACAACAAUCAUCAGCAUAAUAGUAACAAUUCUUACCAGGAGUUUUCCAGUGAUAUGAAUUCUGGAAAGAGUGAAGAGGCAGCUUACUGUUCCCACUUCAACAGUGACAGUUAUAAGAAAAUAAAAAUUCUCAAAUUUGUUGACAGCAUUAUGCUUAAUUUGAUAAUAAUUCGGAAUGACGUCCAGAAGGCCUUCGUUCGUGCGAGAGUUGGCACCCGAAUUGGCAACGCUGCUCAUGCGGAUGGGGAUGCUGCCACUUCUCCAUGUACUUCUACUCCUGCUGAUGUUGCCACUUCUCCAUAUACUUCUACUCCUGCUGAUGUUGCCACUUCUCCAUAUACUUCUACUCCUGCUGAUGUUGCCACUUCUCCAUAUACUUCUACUCCUGCUGAUGUUGCCACUUCUCCAUAUACUUCUACUCAUGCUGAUGCUGCCACUUCUGACAAGGAAGGCACAGAAAUGGGUAAACGCUUUGAGAUGAAGAAGAAAUUCUUCAACUGUCUAACAAACAAGACAAUAUUUUAUCUAAAAUUUGUCAGUAAUAAAUCGACGCAGUAUUACUUGAAAUAUUUGAAGUUUUUGUUGGGAAUUUUUUUACAUAUAGUGGAAUUUCAGAAUUCCUUUCAUGAGUACUUAAAAAGAGACACUAUUGAAAAGUUUAUAUGUCUAUUUUUAAAAAAGCACUUGAAUAAGAAUAUUUACAUUAACAGUGACCAUUACGAGAAUAAAUUUUUGGAAAUUAUAAAUUUAUGUAUAUCAAUUUUGAAAUCGUUAUUUUAUCACUUUUGUUUAAGCCAAUAUAACUUGAUUAAGCAGAAAAAGAUAAGAGAAAAUUAUUUAAAUGUAAAAAACAUUAUGAACAAUAAUCAGAAUGUUUUUUUUGGCAAUUAUAAUGAGAAAAGUUCGUUGGAAUCGAAAAUAAUAAACAAUUUAGUUGUGAAUAUUAAUAAUAUGGAAUGUGAAAAUAAGAGUGGUAGAUUUAAUAAAAAUUAUUCUUUUAAAGAUAUUUUAACUUACAUACGAGAAGAAGUAAAAAAUGCAUUGACAAAUGACAAUUAUAUACUCAUGCAUAAUCAAAAAGCAUUAGAAAUAUUUGAUUUUUUAAGAGUAUAUUGUAUUAACAUGUCAGCAGAGCAAAUUAUUGAUAUUAUAUUAAAUAGUAAAGAUAAAGAUGCUUAUCAAGUAGAAGAAAAUAUUUUUUACUCAACUGCAAGAGAAUGUAUCAUUGAAAUAUCUUCUGAACCUUUUUUAUUUUCUAUUUUUAGUCACUUUUUUGAACCAUUAAUUAAUGCAUUUCACAAUUAUGCACAUAUGAUUAAAGCCCUACCAAAUAAUUUAAAAGACAUACAAAUUCCACAAUUCUCAGAAGCCAUUAUUCAUCUAGAUGGAUACUUAAAUAUUUAUUACAUCUUAUAUCCUUCCAUUCAUAGAAGAAUUAAAAUUGAACAUAUUCUUUGCAUGAUACACUUUUUUAUGGAUUUUCUAGAGAUACAAUAUACCCACCCCUUAAUCAGCUAUCGUAUUGCACUCAUUAUAAAAGUUUGGAUUAAAAAUUAUAAGGCCUCCUUUCCUUUCAUUGAUGAAAUUGCCUUGCUUAUCUUCGAAAAUAUUCGACUUAUCGACAUGCAUAUCUCACAGAAAUAUGCCCAAGCUUCUCCAGCUCAAGGAAAUGCACACCCAGAGCAGUAUCCACCAUCUAUGCCUUCUGCAGAAUAUGCAGCAUCUGUGCUAUCACCAAAGAAUCAUAAUAAAACCAUUUCCAACUCGAUUCUUCCCACGGAUGUUCAUUCCUCAGUUCCCAGCUCUUCUCCAAUUCAUUAUGCCUCUAAAUCCUCCAAUUUCCUUCCUCUUGUCUUCUUCAAAUUUGUGUGUCUAUUCAGAUACAUGUUCAAGUAUGAAUAUGUGUACGAGAAUUAUGAUUACUUCAAUGAGUUCCUUGUCGUGCCUUUGAUAAGUCUCCUCACCAAGAUUACCUAUCCCAAGAGUAUUCAGAAGAUCCUGCAGAUCCUAAGUCACAUCGUGUUCAUGAGUAACAAAGAAAAAGACAUAACAAUUUUCAAAGAAAAUUACAACUUUCUUUUGGAUUUGUACAUGACGAGCAACAUAUCUAUAAAGGAAUACCUGUUGAAUAUUGUUGUGCAGAUAUUAAAUAAGAAUUAUGAUGAGUACACUUCAGGUGUGUCUACACAUAUGAACCGUAACCAAAGUCGAAGCGAUAGCCCAGGUGAUGUUAGCACUUAUGUUAGUCAUAGUAGUGAUCAUAUCAAUUGGCAUAGUAGUGAUCAUAGCAAUUGGCAUAGUAGUGAUCAUAGCAAUUGGCAUAGUAGUGGCUUUUACCAGGGAGAGAAUGGGCACUUAGGGGCUGGGUGGAGGGGAGAGAACAGAAUUGGCACGGGAUCGAAAGACAAAGGGAGAGAUGAUUUGAUUUUAUUUUAUUUCAGUUUUGACAUAAUUGCUUAUACUAUAUUAGGAAAGAUAAAGGAAGAAAAUAUUUCCCAGAUGUACGAGGGAUACAAGAGAAAUGCACUUUUCCUAAAUGUUGGUGAUCCAAAUAAUGUUAACUGUAAUGGCAGAUACAUGAUCGAUCAUGGCCAGCUAGCUAGAGAAAUAAAUUUAUAUAUAGAUCAAACAAUUAGCGACAAUUUGUACACCCUAUGGUUAUGCAAUUUGAAACUAACAUUCAAAAUGUGUACUCCUAAAAAUGAAGAAAUAGUGAAAAAGAUUUGUUCUUUGUAUGUACGGAUGACCCUUUUCAUGAAUGAACAUUUUAAAAAAAAGAAUUCUAAUGAAAUGGAACACGAAAUAAAUAACGCAUGUUUUGAUGUUCUGAUGGAAUAUAUGUGCUUGUUCAUCCUUCAUGAAACGCACGAUUUUUAUUUAACAUACGAAUCGAUUGCAACAAAUGUAUUAACAAAUGACAUUUUAAAAAUGAAAUUUUUAACAAUUAUUAAAAAUAAUUUUAUGCUCCAUGAUGAAGGGAACAUAGAGAGGUGCAUAUACAUUCUGCAUGUUUGUAUAGGUAUAUAUAAAAAUACUAUAAAAAGCGAAAUGCCAAUUCUCUAUUCCUACAUGGCCAAUUUUGUCAUAGUAUAUUUAAUAAAGUUGAUGUUGAAAUAUAUGGACAAAUAUUUUUCCGUGCAAAAGGGUUUUGAGGGAACACCCAAUGGGGAAUGUAGACGCAGCGAUGGGAAUUCUUACGAGAGGGGUUCUAAUGAGAAGGUAUCAAUUGGGAGGGAUUCUAACGAGAGGGUAUCAAUUGGGAGGGAUUCUAACGAGAGAGGCAUCAUCGAAGGAAUUUUUGAGAAGGGAAUCGAACCCAUGAGAAAAAUUGGCACUGCAAUUGGGGAUGAACAGUUGCAGGGAGGAGAAAGGGCACCAAGCAAUAGUAAGGAAGAAAUGAACUACAAAUUCACGAACUAUAAGGAAAAACAAAUGAAACAUAUUUAUGAUAACAUAGUGACGUAUGAACGUGAAGAAAACUUCCACAAAGGAUUUGAAAUAUUUCAAAAUGAUAUGAAACAAAUGUUAGGAGUAGAAUAUUUAAAGGAUUAUAACAUAGGAGAAGCAUUUAAAAUUUUUAAUUUUUUUACAAUAAAUGAAGAUAAUUAUAGCUACAUAAAUAAACACAGCGUGUUUACACUAAUAGCAAUUCUAUCCAUAUAUGAAUCUAACUUUCUGAACUAUAUUUUAAUUUCAUUUCUAGUAUAUUUCAAAAUCAAUGUUCCCACGUUUGCAUCGACCAUUUUUUAUUAUGCCCACUAUAUACAUAAUAAAAACAGCAUGAUGUCAAUAAUGUUAUUUAUACAUGUACUUACAGAGAAUUAUUUUUUUACCGACCUUAUCCCUUCCCUUGUCAACUCUCAUUUUUCAACGUGUAGUAGAGGUGGUAGCGGUGGUAGCGGUGGUAGCAGUAGUACUAGUACACAUAUAAAAUAUAUUCUUUAUGAUAAAAAUAAAUCCGAUAAUUUAUUUUUAUGCACAAAGGACGAUUACACAUAUCUGAUUAUACAACUCCUUAAACUUAUAAAUACCAUUCUGAACACGAGCACAGACAUAUACAUUGAAAAGAAAAACAUUCUGCACCUCAAUACCGUCUCCUCAAACUUUACUGCUACUAAAAUGUAUCACUCUGCUAAUUACAAUUUGGUUCUCAAGAGUGUUUUGAAGCACGAAGACCUUCCACAUGUUUGUGAUAAAGCGCUGGAGAAUAUACUUACUUACUUGUUGGAUGUGAAAGAUCAUGAUGAAUGGCAGAGAACAAACAUAAUUGUUAAUUAUAUGAGAGAGAAUAUAGAGGGCAUGAACAUCGCUUUGGUUGAUAUGUAUAAGAAAUAUAUGAGUUAUCAGGAGGGAAAAGUCUUACCCCCAUGA